CACCUUUCUCGUUCAUAGUCCACCCAUUCACAAAGGUGCUCAGAGCGACCUGAACGCAGCCUUUUAGAGUACCUUAGCCCGCAAUCACAAAGCCAGGCCCAUUCGCCACGUGGUACCGGGCGAGCGCUCGAACGGACCUCGCACGAAAUCGUCUUCAAGGAUCGUACGACCCCGAUGUCCCCACAUUCCACUUUCCUCACAAACUUUUCUCACUCCAUACGUACACCUAGAGGUCCUCAUAUACACCUAAGAACCAUGUCCCAUAAAGUCUACAUCGUCUCUGGCUCUCGUACGCCUAUUGGAAGUCUUAACGGCUCACUAUCUUCCCUCACCGCACCUCAAUUGGGCAUCGUGGCCGUCAAAGAUGCUUUGAAAAAGGCCGGCGUGACACCUGAGAAAGUGGGAGAGGUUUAUAUGGGUAAUGUGGUACAGGCAGGAGUGGGGCAGAGUCCUGCUAGACAAGUAGGAAUUGGAGCUGGUAUACCCGAGAGCACGGACGCUACCACCAUAAAUAAAGUGUGUGCAUCAGGAAUGAAAGCCAUCAUGUUGGCCGCGCAGAACAUACAGUUGGGCGUUACGGACAUCAUGGUUGCUGGCGGUAUGGAGAGUAUGUCGAAUGCUCCUUUCCUAGUGCCUCGAAAGAAUCCCGCAUUCGGAACCCUCCAAGCUAAAGACUCACUCGAGGUCGACGGUCUGUGGGACGUAUACAAUCAGUUCCUCAUGGGUAACUGUGCCGAACACACAGCUUCGAAACAUUCCGUCUCCAGGGAAGAACAAGAUGAUCAUUGUCUUUCCACCUACACACGGGCCGAAGAGGCCUGGGCAGCAGGCGCAUACGAUGCAGAGAUAGCACCUGUCACUAUCAAGGGUAAAAAAGGUGACACUGUGGUCAAGGAGGACGAGGAAUACAAAAAGCUGAUCAGGGAGAAAUUCAGAUCUCUGAAAGGAGCUUUUAAGAAAGAGAAUGGGACUGUCACUCCUGCGAACAGCAGUUCGUUGAACGAUGGAGCUAGUGCCGUGGUGUUGGCUAGUGAUGAGGCUGUGGAGAAGGAGGGUUUGAAACCUAUGGCUAGGAUUUUGGGCUACGCCGAUGCCGCUUGUGCACCGAUCGACUUCCCUACCGCUCCUACUCUUGCAGUUCCUAAAGCUCUCAAAGCGGCCGGUCUAAGUAAAGACGACAUCGACCUGUGGGAAUUCAACGAAGCGUUCUCAGUCGUCGUUUGUGCUGCCGAAAAGGUUUUGGGUUUGGACAGAUCCAAGGUCAAUGUCAGGGGUGGUGCUGUGGCUUUGGGUCAUCCUAUCGGAUCUUCUGGAAGUAGAAUCGUCGUCACACUUAUUCACGCCCUCAAACCUGGUCAGAAAGGUUGUGCGGCCAUUUGCAAUGGUGGAGGAGCGGCGAGUGCCAUUGUGGUUGAACGUUUGUAGGGUGUCAUGAUCGAAUGAAGAGAUCGAGAGCAUGCAUUGUGCAUAUGACCACCUCG